AUGGAAUUUGUGCAGAGGAAGUUUAAUCAGAUCAAAAAAGAUUUUCAUGUACAUGGGAUUGAUUGUAGCAAUGUAGAACUUUUAAGUUGGCUUGUUGAUUGUAAAGGGAUUGCUAAGAAAGUAAGGCAUGCAUCCUUACCUUCAGGUGUACAGAUUAAAGACUGUGGAGCAAAGCGCGAAUGUCCAAAAUGCCAUCAUUGGAUUGACAAUAGCGAUGUUUCAUAUGAAUGGCCUGGUCUGCCUGCUGGUGUAAAAUUUGAUCCUUCGGAUUCACAACUUCUUGAACAUCUUGCAGCAAAAUGUGGUGCAGGAGAAGCAAAAUCCCAUGCAUUCAUCGACGAAUUCAUUCCUACACUUGAGAUGGAUAAAGGGAUUUGCUACACUCAUCCACAAGAUCUUCCAGGAGCUACUAAAGAUGGAACUAGUAUUCAUUUCUUUCACAAAACUUCAAAUGCAUAUGCUUCUGGCCAGCGCAAGCGGCGCAAGAUUCAUAAUGACCAAAAUCAGGAGAAUGUCCGCUGGCACAAGACUGGAAAGACUAAACCUGUGUGUGACAAUGGAGUUCAGAAAGGCUGCAAAAAGAUUAUGGUCCUUUACAAAAGCUCGGAAAAGGGAUCCAAGCCUGUCAAGUCAAACUGGGUGAUGCAUCAGUACCAUUUAGGCUCUGAAGAUGAUGAGAAGGAUGAUGCAUUUGUUGUUUCAAAAAUAUUCUACCAACAAUCAAAGCAAACUGAAACAGAAGACAAUGGUGUAGCUGCUACGGAUGAUUCUAAUGCUGUGCUCAAUCCAUAUUGUCCAAAGACUCCUAAGAUCGUUACACCCUAUCUUCCUAGAGGAAGUUCUGCCCACUGUGAUGAUGCUUUGGAUGAUAUUAUGCUCACUGCUGCUGAGGAUACUACAUGUGCAAAGAUAGAAUCUUGUUUUACUCCAUCCACUUCGUACAUGGGAGAUGUCGAACUUCCUGAAUGCCUGGCAGGGGAGUCUCAGGCUCAAGACCCUGGCGUGAAUGACAUUGAUGACCCAUUGCUCUGCAAAGAAAUAUUUAGUUCUUGUGCUCCUCUCGACGACACCAUGAGCUUAAAUGACUUGGACGACUAUUGCCAAUCCUAUGGCAUCAGCAAUUUUGAUACUGAGCUUCAGUUUACAGAAUUACCGUUUGGUUCUCAAGACAGCGUUCUUAAUUGGCUGGACAAGCCAUGAUAGAAUCAGCUGGCGGAUUCCCAAUUUUGUAAGGACAACCCAUGGCAAAUAUCUUCACCUUUGCUUUCUUUCAGGGUACACUAAGGGAUUUCCAUCCAAUGUUAGUAUUCAUCACCAGUUUUUCUUUGCUGUGAUACGUACUCUUUUGAGGAUUCAACACAAGAUUAUACAGUAUGACGACUGGACAACUGUUGAAUUAAAGAGAGCCUUUCUAAUCUUGUGUUUUAUUCCUCAGAAAUGUUUAGCAAAGGAAAAUAUUGACAAAUUUUUAAUUUUUUUUUUCUUUUUUUAGUUGCUUGUAUGAUUCUGUAUCCUAACUCGUGACAAGAUUGUUUACUUGUUUGUGUUGUUGAAUGCAAUCUACAUGUAUAUACUUUGUGUA